UUACAUCUGGAUUCUCAGAUCUGGAUCUACUCGAUUUGUUGAACAUUGGAUCUCGCCGUCAGAAGUUUCUAUAAUCAUGUCAGCAGCGGAUAAUAAACAGUUUAAGCUACCUACGCCAAAAUUCAGUGAUGAAACGGAGCAGUGCCGCGAUAAAUUCACCAAACUCCACAAUCCACAUUUCUCCACACCAUCUGGAAUGUUGCUACCACGUGAUAAGCAGCCGCCACCAAUGUAUGGGCCUCGUGGUUCGACGAUUGCACCCCGAUUUUUGAAUUAUCAACACAAUCGGAAAGGACCACCACAAGGGAACCACCAUCAACACCGUUACAAGGGUCCCCGAGGAUCGUUUAAUAACAACAGUGGACUGGAUAAGGAUGUCAUACCAGCACUUUUGGGAGUGAAUUGGUCCCUUUGGUGCGAGGGUUGCGACGUAAAUUGUACCACCGAAGACCACUAUAAAAACCAUCUUGCCGAGCAUACAGCGUGCAGUGUUGAAGAAUGCAAAUAUGUGGGCCAUCCUGGUGUCAUGAAACGUCAUUGGCGCAUGGCGCAUGACGAGAAGCGGUUAGCCGAAAAGGCGCAAGCGAACACUAAGCAGACACCGGAGGAAAUUGAAAAAUGGAGAGCUGAGAGACGCAAACGGUAUCCUACUCAAGGGAAUGUAGAACGACGACAACAGGCACAGGAUGAACGAUUUAAUCGUGGUGAACGUAUCGAAGAGGACAAAAAGCGAUUUCCCAAUCGGAAUCAUCAGGAUGGUCGAAAUAAUUUGCAUACUCAUGCUAAAAAGUUUGGAGGUCAACCCAGGCAAGGAACCAAAAGGUUGCGAAAAAGUAAGCCCUUCCGGCUUGAGAAGAAGGAGUCCGAUGAAUUAGAUACCGACUCGAGGAUUAGCUUCAAGGGUACCUCAAGUUUGAAGGAUUAUAAAGAAAAGGCUGUCAAUGCUUUAUCGCUUUUGACAGGCUAUGGAAGCGAGAGUGAAGAGAUUUCAUCAGAUGGAGGAUCUAACGAAGAAUAUUUGGAAGCUACUAAAAUUGUUUCGGAUGCGAAUACAUCAAAGAAAAGUCUUCAAAAAGAAGCAGAUCUUAGUGAAGGAGAACUCAUAGAUUCUGAAAAUGAGGUCGGUAAUCCCGAAAGAAUACAUAUAAGCGAUGAUGAAGUAUGCAAAGAAUUAGAUACUUCAUCUAAUCUGGAUCAAGUCGUUGUUCCAGAACCAGAACAAAGCGAACAAAAAGAUACAGAGUCGAAAUCAAAACGGCGAAACCGUUUUCGGAAACGUAAAAACGAUUCAUCCCAGAUGGAUGAACCUAACCAGGUAACCCUUAGUAAGAAAAGAGUUCCUCCGAAACCAUUACUGGAUUAUACGAAACUCCGGUAUGCCCGGCAGAAUACAAUGCUUGAAAAGCUUCUUGAACCAGAUAUACGGCACGAACGGAACGUUCUUUUGCAAUGUGUUCGAUUUGUUGUAGAAAACAAAUUUUUCGGUAUAGGUCAAUCCAAGCAAGAGUCAGCCGAAAUUCCGAACGAAAAUGUUGAGUUGAAUAAAACAUAGUUUAUCGUA